AUGUCUUCCUCAAUAUGCAGACUCGUCCUGACGGUAUUCUCGUUCCUGCUGCUCAUUUCACCAAUCUCAGCACAGUCGUCCACAACGACACCCUCGUCAAGCUCGAAUCCCAGCACCACGCCGUCAUCCAAUCCUCCAACCCUGACACCCACGGCUGCGUCCUCGACAGCUCCCGACGUGUACCUGAACGUGCCUACCCUCUCAGUCGGACGCAUUGAGCUAGACGUGGACGACUUGCGCGCAGACAUCAACCUCAACGCCCAGGUCGCCAACCUAGUCACGUUGAACGCCGGUGUCGCCGUCUCCAUCCAAGAAGUCAACCUCACGAUCUCAGACGUCGAUGCCAACCUAGAAUUGAUCGUCCGGCUGGGUCACCUUGUCGACAUUGUCAACCGAGUGUUCGAAUCCCUCGACCUCAACCCCCUCCUCAUCUCCGCCAUCAACAAUGUCACCUCUCUGCUUGAACCGAUCGUCGGCGCGAUAGACGGCCUCCUCGGCUCAAUCACGCAGGGUGGGACAACUCUGAACUUCCUGAUCGACAAUCUGGGAAAUAUCGUCCAAGAGGUCGGCGGCGUGAGCAGCAUUGUUGGAAACUACCUGACAAACAUGACGGACACGGGCGUUAGCCAGACGCUGUCCGGCGGACUCGUCCAGAAGACGUUCUCUUACACCCCGCUGAAUGCGCUCGUGGAUAUUGUCUUCAACACUGCAGGGCAGGUCGUGCAGGCGUCGGUACAGAAAUCUGGUGGCGGAGGAGGCGGCGGAGGAGGCGGCGGUGGGGGUUCUACGAGUACAACUAGUGCGACUAGCACGACUACCUCGUCGAAGCCCGCGUCGACUUCGACAGCUGCGCGACUUGCGAACCCAUCGAGGGGGUAG